GCUCAAAAAUACUAAAACGCAUGAUAUUAAAAAUAUAUUAAACGAAAUGAAAAUUAUCAUGUCUGAAAAUGAUGUUCAACCAAUAAAGAAUGAUCAUUCAAAAAUUAAGAAAUCAAAGAAUAUUGAGCCUGCUACAAGUACGGAACCAGUUAAAAACGCUGAGAUUGGUAAAAAACAUAAAAUGGUUCAAAAUACGGAAACAGAUAAUGAUACUAAAAUAGUUCAAAAUACUAAGAAAAGUAAAAAAUCUAAGACUGCGGAGGCAAAUAAAGAUAUUGAAGAAGUUAAAAAUACGAGGACAUCAAAAAAUUCCGAGAUAGAUAAAAACACGGAAAAAGUUAAAAAUACUGAUACAGUGAAAAAAUCUAAAACAGUUAAAAGUGAUGAGACAGUUAAGAAUACGAAGACGAUUCAAAACACCGAAACAAUGAGAAUUACAAGAGCAAAUAAAAAUGAAAACUCAGUUAAAAACACAGAAACAGUUAAAAAUAAUGUAACUAUUCAAAAUACAGACACGUUUGAAAAUAUCGAGACAGUUACAGAAAACGAGACGGUUAAAAAAAGUAAGAGAGGUAGAAAACCUAAAACUAUUAAAAAUAUUGAGCCAGUUGAAAUAUUGGAGACACAAAAAAGUACGGAGACAGUGACAAAUACGAGAAAAACUAAAAAUUCCAAUAAAGUUGAUAAUUCCGAGACAGUGAAUAGUGCAACAAAAAAAAAUUCAGAGACAGUUAACAAUGUAGAGGCAGUUAAAAAAAGUAAGAGAGGUAGAAAACCUAAGGCUAUUAAAAAUGAGCCAGUUGAAAUAUUGGAGACACCUGAAAAUAAGGAGACGGAUAAAAAUGCUGAGGCGGUAAAGAAUAUAAAAACAGCAAAAAGCGAUGAGAGAGCUAAAAAUUCAGAAACAGUUCAUAAUACGGAACCAGUUGAAAAUAUUGAAGCUAUUGAAAAUUAUGAAACAAUAAAACAUGUCGAAACAGUUGUAAAUACUGAGGCAGGUAAUAAUACUACUGUUAAAAAAACUAAGAGAGGUAGAAAACCUAAAUUUUUAAAAAAUACUGAGCCAGUUAAUUCUUUUGGGACACUUGAAAAUAAGGAGAAAAAUUCCGAGAAGGCAAAAAAUGCUGAGGAAGAUGAAAUCAAUGACACACAUGAAAAUAUAGAUACAUCGAAAAAUUUUGAAGCAAUUAAAAAUAACGGUAAAAACGGUAAAACAGUAAAAAACAUAGAAAUCGUUGAAAAUACGGAGUCACAUAAUGAUGUCGAGGUCUUUGAAAAUAAAGGGACUGUUGAAAAUACUGAGAGAGGUAGAAAACAUAAGGCUUCUAAAAAUAUUGAGCCGAAUGAAAUAUUGGAGACACAAGAAAAUAAGAAGAAGCCUAAAAAUGUUGAGAAGGUUAAUAAUAGGAUGACGGCAAAAAAUGAUGGUAAAGAUACAAACACGAAACCACCUGAAAAUAGUGAGCCCGUUGAAAAAACGGAGUCAAUGGAAAGUACGCAGACUAUUAAAAAUGUUGGAACAGAUAAAAAUAACGAAACAACAAAGAAUACAGAAACAGUUGAAAAUACAGAGACAGUUGACAAAGCUAAGAUUGUUAAAAAUACUGAGCGAGUGAGGAUAUUGGAGACAACUAAAAAUGAUAAGGUGAUUAACAAUACUAAGAGGGCAAAAAAUGCUGAGAAAGAUAAAAAUACGGAUACAGUUAAUAAUAUACAGGCUUUUGAAAAUGAGGGGACUAUUGAGAAUACUGAGACAAGUAGAAAACCUGAGGCUAUUCAAAAUAUUGAGCCUGUUGAUAUACUGGAGACACAAGAAAAUACUAAGACAGCUAAAAAAAUUGAAAAACUGAAAAAUAUUAAAACAGUUAAAAAUGUUGAGAAAGGUAAAAAACCUAAAGUUGUAAAAAAGAGUGUGCCAGUUGAAAUAUUGGAGACCGAUAAAAAUGCUGAGAAAACUAAAAACACGGAUCCAGUUAAAAAUUUUGAAACUGUUAAAAAUAAUGCAACAAUAAAAAAUACAAAGACAGCUGAAAAUAUGGAUACGGUUAAUAUGACAAUUGAAAAUACUGAAAAAAGCAAAAACCCCAAGACUGUUAAGAAUAUUGUGCCAGAUAAGAUAACGGAGAUGACUAAAAAUACUGAUAAAGCUGAAAAUACCGUUAAAAAUAACGAAAAUGUGACAAACACCAAUACAGACAAAAAUACUAAGACAGAUAGAAAUACUGAGACAGGUAAUAAUAUGGAGACAGUUGAAAAUGGUGAAGCAGUCGAAAAUAAUGGAACUAUUAGAGUUGAAAAAACAGUUGAAAAUACAGAGACAGCUAACAAUUCAACUGAUAAAAAGGAAGAGGCAGUUAAAAAUACUGAGAAAGGUAAAAAAACUAAGGCUGUUACAGAUGUCGAGCUAGCAAGCAUUACAGAGACAACGAAAAAUUCGGAAACAGUUGAGGAAAUGCAGACAGUUGAAAAACUAGAGACAAGUAAAAAUAUCGAAGAAGUAACAGAGACUGUUGAAAAUGUAGAAGCAGAUGCAAAUAAUGAAACAAUAAAUAAUACUCAAACAAAUGAAAAUACAGAGACGGAUAAAGAAUCUAAGGUUGUCAAAAAUAUUGUGCCUGUUAAAAUGUUGGAGACAUUAAAAAAUACAAAAACAGCAAAAAAUACUGAGAUUUUUAAGAAUACGAAGACGACAAAAAAAAAGGAGACUGUUGAUAACAUGCUGACAGUUAAAAAUAACGAAACAGUGUCAAAUACCGAGACAGUAAAUAUUACGAAGAGUGUUAAAAAUGCAGAGCCAGAUGAAAUACCGGAGACAACUGAAACUGAGAAAGGAGUCAUACAUGUUGAAACAGUUAAAAAUACAGAUACUAUUGAACAUACUGAGCUAGAUAACAUAAUGGAACCAGUUACCACUUUGGAGACAGUAAAAAUUAAGGAGACAGUUGAAAAAAAGGAUGCAGUUGAAAAAAUGGAAAUAGCAAAUCCGGAGGCAGUUAAUAAUAGUCAGAUGGAUCAAACUAAACCUUCAGGUAAACAAACUUGCGUAAGUGAAAAUAUCAUCAAAGAAAUUAUUAAUAAUAACAAAGUUUUGCAAGUUAAUUUAGAAAAGUUUAGUUUUUUUCCAGAGAUAAUGGAUUUAAAUAACGACGUCGACGAAGCAAAGAUAAUUGAAAUACAAAAACAAAUAAUAAAAGAUAAAAAUUUAGUUGUACCUGAAAAAGAUUUCGAAGAUUCCUUUCAAGAGAUGAUCACAAAGGUAGAAUUAUCUGUGGACUUAGUAGAAGAAACACAUUACUACGACGAAUCAUCCGAUAUAGAAACAGAAAUUAAAGAUAACCAGAAGAUAUUUCAAAAAGACAUGUCUUAUGAUUCAUCUUCUAUUGAAUCUGAUUCAGAAAUAUCAGAUUCAGAAGAAAGUGUUACUGAAAAAGAUAAAGAUACACUUCAAACUAUAGACAACGUUAUUGCAAAAUAUGAAGAACGACAAAAGAUAGGAAAAGGCAAACACAAAGCGACAUCUAUAGAUAUAAAAACAAAAAAACAUAGAAAAACAACGGAAAAUAUGAACUUCUCUACAAUCAUUGAAAAUAUAAUUACGGAAGAGUUGAAUCUGAAAAAGAUACCUGAAAUAGGUAAAAUUAAAGAGGAACCCGGUUUAAAAGAUAGUCAAAAGGUAACAAGUAAAGAAGAAGAUGAAAAGAUAGAUCAAAAGGUAAAAAAGAAAGCGGAAGAGGUGUUUGAAGACCGCACCUUUUUGUGGACUCAUGUUAUUGACGGACUUAUUAUACAAGAAUCAGACGUAGCUUUUCCUAUCAGCCAACACUGGGCUUACGAAAAACAGAAGGAACAAGAAGCAUUGGCAAGCCAAGAAGAGAAGGGCACUGAACAGAAGAUAAAUCAAGAAGAAAAACCUGGAAAAGACUUUUAAUCUACAUGUGAGUUAAUAUAUCACUAAUGAGUAUAAAACAUUUUUAAUUGGCUGUUAUUAAAUUUCCAGCUGAAUUAAUGAAAGCUGUUACGCAUAAUUAUGAUUAUUUAAUUUUCGUAAUAAUAAAAAACUAAUUAGAUAUAAAUGGGCAAGUAUUAGUGAAAAAAAUACGUUGGUAUAAAUAUUUUUUAAUAUUUAACUGGCGGUUUAGAUACAUAUUUACUCUUAUAAACAAUAAAUCAAGCAAAACACACAAUUAAGUUAAACCAAGAUGUAUUUAGGUUUCUAUCGUCUAUAGGACGCUACAGACUUCCAUUUUUCGUAUUUAUACUUAAUCACUACUCUAUAGGGAUAACUACCGUAUUGAAUAAUAUUGCAUAUAUAUUUUUAAAUUUGUCCUGCGAGCUUAAACUGAUCAAAGUGAAUGGAACUCUCGCGUGACGUGACUUCACUUUUAUGUACCUAUAAAUUUCGCAGUCGUUACGUCAUAAGCUCCCUACACUUUAAAACAGUUUAUCAUUGUUCAAAUAAAGGUUAAUUCUCUAUAUGACCGACUUAAGAUUUUUACUUUUCACUUUGGCGACUUUAAGUGUCAUGCAGUAUCUGCCACUUUAAGGUGUACAGUAGCUGCAAAGCAUCUUAAAAUAACUUUCGUAGUCAAUUUAAAUUGUAAAUAAUCGUUUAAUGUAUUAGUUGUAAAUUUUGUAAUUUUAUAUUUAUAAUAAUUUACCAAAUGUUUAAGCUAAGUACAACUGUAUAUAAACUUUAAUUAAAUUUUUAAUUAGGUUAUUAAUUAAAAUAUGGUUUACUUAUAAACUAAAUAUACGUCGUUGGUAACAAUUAAUUACGAAAUUCAAUCUUAGAACUGGGCCCCAAUUAUGCUAUUUACAAUGCUGAUGAAUUAUGAAAAUUGGCUUAAAAUAACACUUUUCGUAUUCUUUUAAGCAUUUUUCCUAG